CGCCCACCCACUCUCCAUUCUCCAUCUCUCCACCCCUCGCCAUUUUGCAUUUCCCUCUUUAGCCUUGCAGCCAUGGCCCCCAAAGACCCCGUUGAUAUUCCCGCUUUCGCCAGCACACAGCUCGCCCUGCUGGACCAGGAGCUGCAGAGCGAGAUCCUCGAGACGAGCAGCCUCAUUGCCAACCACAGCCCGACGGGCCUGCAACGCGCCGGCCUGGCCCUGACCAACCUCGUAGUCUCCGCUCAGCGCACAGGAUUCGGCGGCCGCUCCGUGGUGGAGCUCGGGCCGGACGCCGCCACGUCCCGCUCCGGCAACGACGAGCUCCCGGAGCACGGCCUCCGGACCGGCGACAUCGUCCUGGUGGCAGAGCAGCCCGCCGGGAGCGCCAAGAAGCGCGAGGUCAAGGAGCUGGAGCGCAAGGGCGCCCGAGGCGUUGUGACCAGAGUGCAGAGGACGUAUGUGGGCGUUGCGCUGGAUGAGGGCAAGGAGGAGGUUGCGUUUUCGGGGAGGGUGUGGGCGGUCAAGUUGGCGGAUGAGGUCACGUAUCGACGGAUGAACUGGACAAUGGAGAAGCUGCAGAAGAUGGUCGAGGCCGAGUACUCCAGCUUCAUAAGAGUUCUCUUUGGACUGUCCAGUCCAUCGCCAGUCCCCCGAGACCUGGCCACCGAUGCUGACGUGGGAAACCUUGAAUGGGUUGAUCCAACCCUCAAUGAUUCUCAGAAAGAUGCCAUUCGGUUUGCAUUGAGCUCUCGCGAAGUGGCCUUGAUUCAUGGCCCUCCGGGGACUGGCAAGACGCACACGCUCAUUGAGCUGAUUCUGCAGAUGAUCAAGCGAAACCAGAGGGUACUAGUCUGUGGCCCUUCAAACAUCUCUGUGGACAACAUUGUCGAGCGUCUCUCGCCACACAAGCUACCUAUCCUCCGGCUCGGACAUCCCGCCCGCCUUCUACCUUCGGUAGUCAACCACUCGCUGGACGCCCUCACUCACACAUCCGAGGCCGGAGCUAUCGUCAAGGAUGUGCGGACCGAGAUGGACGCCAAGCAGGCUUCCAUCAAGAAGACCAAGAGUGGCAAGGAGCGCAAAGCUAUCUAUGCAGACUUGAAAGAGCUGCGGAAAGAGUAUCGCGAGCGUGAGAGGCGGUGUGUUAGUAACCUUGUCGGCGGGAGCAAGGUUGUUCUUGCGACUCUUCAUGGUGCCGGUGGCUACCAGCUGCGCAACGAGGACUUCGACGUCGUCAUCAUCGACGAGGCGAGUCAGGCUCUCGAGGCUCAGUGCUGGGUGCCGUUACUCUCAGCUAAGAAGGUCGUCUGCGCUGGCGACCAUCUGCAACUCCCCCCUACCAUCAAGUCUGCAAACUCCAAGGUCAAGCUGACAUUAAAAGAGGACGUGAAACCCAUAAAGGGCGCGACGCUCGAAACCACACUCUUCGACCGACUCCUGGCUCUGCAUGGACCCUCAAUAAAGCGGAUGCUGACUACCCAGUACCGGAUGCAUGAGAACAUUAUGCGUUUUCCAUCCGACGAAUUGUACGAGUCGAAGUUGGUUGCGGCAGAUGCAGUGAAACAGCGACUCCUCAAGGAAUUGGACUACGAGGUCGAGGAUACCGAAGACACCAGUGAGCCUCUCAUCUUCAUUGAUACUCAGGGUGGCGAUUUCCCGGAGAGAAAUGAGGAAGAUGACAGAGACAAUCCAAAGAAAGGAAGGGGAAGUUUACACGGAGAGAGCAAAAGCAAUGAAAUGGAGGCCGCGCUGGUCAGGCAGCACGUAAAACAACUGGUUGAAGCCGGGGUGCGACCCGAAGACAUUGCCGUUGUGACCCCAUAUAACGCCCAGGUAUGUUCUUCAGGCUGGGGGAUCCAUGUCUUGCAGAACAACAAUUUUGACUUAUCCCCAAUCAUCUAGCUUGCCGUUCUCGCUCCCCUCAAGGAACAGUUUCCCGGCAUUGAACUAGGCAGUGUCGACGGCUUCCAGGGUCGCGAGAAGGAG